UUCCCUCCUUUAUAAAGGCAGCCAUUGUCAGGCAAUGCCCCACUUGCCUUUCCCAAUAGGAAGCAUCCAGCUGAGUUGCCAACAUGGCAUUUGAUGGUACCUGGCAAGUCUACACCCAAGAGAAGUAUGAAGACUUUCUGAAAGCAAUUGCCCUAUCAGAUGAUAUCAUUAAAAUUGCCAAAGACAUCAAGCCCAUAACCGAAAUCCAUCAGACCGGGAAUACUUUUGUGAUCACCACGAAAAACCCCAACAAAUCUGUUACGAACACGUUCCUGCUGGGAAAAGAAGCAGAAAUGACCACCAUGGAUGGAAAAAAAGUUAAGUGCACAGUAAAUCUCACGGAUGGAAAAUUAAUAGCCAAGUCAGACAAAUUCAUCCACGAGCAACAAAUUGUAGGCAAUGAAAUGGUGGAGCCACCAGCCUCAGAACUGGGAGCGCAGUUGAGAGGUAGCAACAUCUGCAGUAAACCACAAUGGCACAAAAGGGACCAUCCACAUGCUGUGAGAUCAUCCUACAAAUGCCACCAUGAGGGGCAGCAGGCCUUUCUAUCACUACCAAAGCUGUGAUAACAGCCGUUGGAGCAGCACUGGGAUCACUGUGAAGUUCAUGAAAUCAUUGAGAAGAAUAGCACUUA